AUGAAAAUUGAGCAACAAAAUGAUUCUUUGCGCUCAUCAUCUUCUGAGCCGCCCUCGGAGACUUCGAUCGAGAAGCCACCGUCUCCAAGAGACAUCCAUGGUGUCAAAUGGGCUCUAGUGGUCACUGCGCUGCUGUCGUCCUUGUUCUUGUAUGCACUCGAUAAUACCGUCGUGGCCAAUGUUCAACCGAAAGUCGUCGAGACCUUUGGGCAUGUCAGUCUGGUUCCUUGGCUGGGUGUCUCCUUUGCUCUGGCUUCGGCUGCUACGACGUUGAUUUGGUCCAAGGCCUAUGGCACUUUUUCCGCAAAGAAGCUUUAUAUCGGAAGCACGGUCGUGUUUAUGGGCGCAUCGGCUCUCUGUGGUGGCGCUCCAGACAUCAACAGCUUCAUCGUCGGUCGUGCCAUCGCAGGUGCCGGCGGCUGUGGAAUGUACAUGGGUCUGUUGACUUUGAUGUCGGUGACCACAGACAACGUUGAACGCCCCAAAUAUCUCAGCCUGACUGGAUUUAUCUGGGGUAUUGGUACAGUUCUGGGUCCGGUGAUUGGUGGUGCCCUCGGUGACAGCAAGGCGACCUGGCGUUGGGCAUUCUACCUGAACCUGCUAGUCGGAGCGGUCGUGGCCCCGGUCUACAUUAUCCUCUUGCCCGACUUCAAGCCCCAGAAGGAUGUUCCCAUCAUCAAGCGCUUUGGCCAGAUCGACUACAUUGGAGCACUGUUGUCCAUUGGUACCUUCCUAUGCUCGAUUAUGGCCAUGAACUUGGGCGGAGUUCUGUGGACUUGGAGCAGCUCGAACAGCAUCGGUCUCUUUGUUGGUGCCGGUGUCUUGUUUAUCCUGUUUGGGGUGCAACAAACCUUCAACUUGGGAACCAGCUUUGAGAACCGCAUGUUCCCAAUGCAUUUCUGGAAGAGCCGUACCCUGAUUGUUCUUUUCUUCACCAUGAUGUUGGCGACCUUCGGCAGCUUCAUCGGCAUCUACUACUUGCCCAUUUACUACCAAUUUGCCCGUGGAAGUACAGCUGUUGAGACCUCUGUCCAUCUCCUGCCCUUCAUUCUGCUCUUGGUCGCCUUCAACCUUAUCAACGGUCAAUACAUGGGCAAGACGGGCUACUACUACCCAUGGUACAUUUUUGGAGCUGCUCUCGAGUUGAUCGGUGGCGUUCUCCUCUAUACUGUGGACGAACACACCUCCGACGCCAAAAUCUACGGAUACACCAUCAUCCUGGGUACCGGUGUCGGCUGCUUCUGCCAAGCCGGCUUCGCGAUCGCACAGAUGAAGGUAAAGCCCGAGGAGAUCCCUUACUGUGUGGGCUUCAUGACAGUUGGGCAAAUGAUGGGCAUUGUCUUUGGCACUGGUAUCUCUGGCGCUCUGUUUGUCAACUAUGCACAACAAGCCCUGGCAAAGGUAUUCCCCCUGGCCAGCGAGGACGAGAUCUCCAACGCCAUCUCGGGCGUCGGCAGCGAGCUCCUCCGCUCUGCGAGCGCCGAGGAAUAUGCUGCGGCUAUCCAUGGUAUCACCGAGGCUAUCCAGUUUGCUUACGUCCCUAUCAUCGCUGCUGGAGCCAUUUGCUUGGUCUGCAGCUUGCUCAUGAAGCAUGAGAAGGUUUUCGUCACUGGCGCCUUCGCUUGA